AUGAAACUGAAGGUGGUAGACGGGCAGAUCCAGAAUGAAGACAAUCAAACGGUUUUCCUUCGCGGAAUCAAUGUGGACGGAUCUACGAAAAUGCCAGCCACUCCGUUGUUGACAACCUUCCACAGCGGUCCUGCCUUUUUCCAGGGCGACUCGGUAUCGUUUGUAGGGCGUCCGUUUCCCCUAGACGAGGCUCCGGGACAUUUCCAGCACAUCAAAGACUGGGGGUUUAAUACUAUCCGUUAUAUUUUUACAUGGGAGGGAAUUGAGCACGAGGGGCCCGGCAAGUACGACGACGACUUUGUCGAGUACACCAUCAAAAUGCUGGAGCUUGCAGUUUCCGCAGGCUUUUAUGUGUUCCUCGACCCUCACCAAGACGUAUGGGGCCGCUUUUCUGGCGGAUCGGGUGCUCCGAUGUGGACGUAUUAUGCGGCCGGCCUCGACCCCCAUAACUUCAAUCAGACCCGUGCAGCCAUUGUCCAGAAUCUUCUGGACGACCCCCAACAGCUCCCUAAAAUGAUCUGGCCCACAAACUACUACCGGUAUGCCUGCCAGGUCAUGUUCACCUUAUUUUUCGCCGGCAAGGACUAUGCCCCCAAAUGUAUUCUUGAUGGUGUCAAUAUCCAAGAUUACCUGCAGUCGCAUAUGCUCGAUGCUUGCAUGCAUCUCUACAAAAGAGUCGAAAAGGCCGGGUUAUUUGAUAGAGGCGUGUUUGGCAUCGAAAGCAUGAAUGAGCCCAACAUUGGCCUCGUGGGCACGCCCAACAUUGGCGAGCUUCCGUCGUAUCAGAAUCUCCGGCUCGGUUCAACUCCCACAGCUUUCCAGAGCAUGCUCCUGGCCAGCGGAAACUCCGUCAAGGUUUCAUAUUACGAUUUUGGUUCCCUUGGACCCAAGUUCCGCAAGAAGCGGCUGGUCGAUCCAGAAAAGACCACCGCGUUCAUCACAGACACACAGAAAGACGAACACUACGGUUGGCAAAGAGGACCUGAGUGGGAAAUAGGCCGCUGCAUCUGGGCCCAACACGGCGUUUGGGACGACAAGACGCUGGAACUGCUCAAACCCCACUAUUUUAAACCCACCGAAGCUCACCUCGACCACGAGCAGUUUUUUGUCGAAAAAUUCUUUGUUCCGUACUGGGGCAAGCUAUACAACAGAUUCCGAAAAGAGCUUCCUGACGACCUAUUUUUGCUGUGCCAGCCCCCGACCCUGGCAAUUCCUCCAAAGCUCAAAGAGACGCCCUAUAUUGACGACCGCGUGGUGUAUGCCCCGCAUUUCUACGAUGGGCUUACAUUGAUGCUGAAACGCUGGAGCUCGCUCUGGAACGUCGAUGCUCUGGGAUACCUGCGUGGUUAUUAUCGGUUGCCGGUGUUUGCCUUGAAGAUUGGUGAGAGCUCCAUCCGGCAUUGUCUAACCAAGCAAAUUGGCAUCAUCGACCGCGAAGGCCGAGAAAAUUUUGGUGAAAAAGUGCCAAUUCUCAUGUCCGAAACUGGUGUGCCAAUGGAUAUGAACGAUAAAGAACCCUUUUUAAAUCACAACUACACACCGCAGAUCAAAGCGCUGGACGCAAUGGCGGCAGGAUUGGAACAUCACCAGAUGCAUUUCACUUAUUGGUGCUAUUCAAGCACCAACUGUCAUGAGAGAGGCGAUUUGUGGAAUUAUGAGGAUUUCAGCUUCCGCUCUCUCAGUGGUGGUACUAGAGCUAUGCAGGCGUUCGUUCGUCCGGGCCCAAUCACAGUUGAGGGCACUAUAAGAAAGUCUCGUUUUGAUUUAUACCGCAAUCAGUACAGUUUUGUUAUUGAUGGCAAGGAAUGCGACGAAGGCCAUUACACAACCGUAUAUGUUCCAGACGUGCAUUUCAGUGAACAAUGUAAAAUCUGUAUUUCGGGAGGUCGAUACGAGAUCAACAGCGAGAUUUUGAAAUGGUGGCACCCUGCAGGCAAGCAAAAACUUAAGAUAUCUGAGGCGCCUUCCAAGUGCGUCAUCUGUUAA